UAAUUUUGUAAGAUAAAUGGAUCAGGGAUGGGAAGUAAGUGAAGAACACUACUUAGAACAUUUAAUGUAAAAUCCUCUAUUUUUGAAGAGAUAGGGAUCUUAAUAAAUUGAUAAGCCAUCUAUUUUGGCAUCUUAAGAAUCCCCUAAAACAAGAAUGAGAUUUCGAACAACAUCUAUGCCGAAAUUAGAUGAGAGCAGUAAGCCUAAUUCUCCAAAUAAGAAACCAGUUAUAGAACCAUAAAUAAAAGUAGAAUCGCAGAUAAAAUAAUAGCAAUCUUCAAUAAUUUUCAAAACACCUAUAAGAUAACAAAAAUUUUAAUUAUAUCCCUAAAAGAUAUCUUUGAGAUCUACGUUAUUUCAAACUCCAUUUGAUGAAAGUACUCCUAUAAAAUUGGGAAGAACACUUUAACCAAGGCAAUUUAAUCCUGUAUUAUAGAAUAUGAAUGAUAUUCAUUACAAUGGAAUGAAAGGAUAAACUAGAUCAGUAAAGAGUGCUUCAAUGAGCAAUCUUUUAAACAAUGAAGAACGAGCAAUAUAGAGAAAAAAAAUAGAAGAUUUUGUCUUUAAAAUAAGACCAUAAAGAAAUGCUAGUAUUCUUUAUGUAAACUCUUAGAGUUCAUUAUAGACUACUACUGAUGAUAUUGUACUUAGAAAAAUUCAAAAAUGA